AUGCAGGAGUCUGGCUGGCAGGAGCGUGAUGGUGGGAAUGUGACGAUACUGGACUGUAUUACAACUGGAGCGCGUAUUAACUCGCCUCGAAGCUUGGAAGCGUGUCGUCGAAUGGGUUUUAAACCGAGUGAAUUAUUGCCCAAGACGGUGGUGGAGUUUCUGGAUCAUGGAGUUAACCGCAAAUAUUCUUUAGUGGAGAAGGAGGCGGCUGUGCUUCGUCACGAGCAUUUCGAGCAGCUACGACAGCAGAAAUUGGAGACUGUGCGAGUUGAACGUGAGGCAAUUAUCAACGGUCUGGGACCAGCACCACCUUCCACGGCGUUGCUAUCUGGAUCAGUGCCGGAUAGUCCACUGCAACAGCAAGUGGCUCCAGGUUUCCCACCUCGUCGUUCUCAGUCAGCGAGACUUUGGAACGGGAACACAGAGGAACCAGAAGCUCUCGCUGGCUCCACGUUGUUGCAGUUAGAGGAGCGACGACUAGCACGGAUCAAGCUUCGUCAACAGAAAGAUAUCCAAAAUGCCAUAGAAAUGGAAGCCAAGUUAUCUCGACUGCAAGAAGAGAACGCUCGACGCGCUGCUGAAGAAGCGAAGCGACAAGAAGAACAGCAACGCAAGUUGAAAGCUCGACGAAUGCAGUUAACAGCUGCGAAGCACGAGAAGGAGCUCGCUAAGAAACGAGAUGAAGAUAAAGAAGCAAUAGAACACAAAGCUCGAAGACGAUCGGAAGCCGAACGUGAACGAGUAUUAGCCGAAGAGGCCAAGGAGAAGGCGCGUUUACGAGCGCAAGAAGCAGCACAAAGAGAUUUAGAGCGACAACGGAAUGCUGAUGCUUGGCAGGCACACACCGAGGAGCUAAUGAGGCAACAGGAAGAAGAAGUGGCUGCGAACCGACGAAGAAUGUUGGAAAAAGAGCUACAAGUUGCGUUGAAGAUGGAAAACGCGAACAAACGUCGACAUCAAGAAGCGUUGGAGCGACGAGAGAAGGCUAAUGCACGUAUACAGAACGUCACAUACCAGAAUGAGUUGACCAUCGCGCGUAAGAAGCAGGAGGUGACAGAUAAACAAGCAGCAGCGGCUGAGCGUGCACGAGAGAUCGAGAAGAAAACCAUAAACGAGCUUAAAGAGCGCGCUGCAAAGUCUAAACAAGAGGAACAGGUUCGUAAAAAAAGACUCGACGCUGCACACGCAUUACGUCAAAAGCAUGUGAGCGAGUUGCUGGCCAAGCGCGAGCAGCUUGAAGCGAAGAUGGAGGACACACAACAUGAACGAGAGAAGGCGCGAUUAUUGGCACAAGUGGAGCAUCAAUUGUCGAUCACUCAAAAGGAGCAGAAUGUUGCGAGAAUUCAACGAAUGGAAGCGUAUGCACGUCAGCAAUUACUGCAACGGAUCGCAUCGGCAGACGCCCGAUCAAGAGCAGUCAAGGAGCGGAAGAGGGCGUUACUCCAGGCUCGACAACAAGUUGCAACGGAAGCAAUGAUCCGUCGCCAUCGACUUGCUGAAGCGGUCGAGAAACUGCGGACAACGUCAACUAAGUGGGACAAGAUCGAGGAGAUCCUGUACGUCUAUACUAGUCAUUUGCGAGGAACUACCUAG